GCGGGGGGGCCCCGGCUGCUGGGGGGGAGAGACGGAGCUGCUACGCCACAACCCCCUUCUCCAGCCCAGCCACCGCCGCCAUUCGUGCAAAGGGGAGAGAGAGCCAGGCCCCCCCAGCCAGCCAUCCAGCCAUCCCUCCUCCUCCUCCAGCUUCCUGCCUCCCUCAGCCACAGCGACCGGCCUUUUUAUCCACCCCCAGUCCCAUCCCCUUGCCUCUUCCCUUCCUCCUGAUUAUCCCUGCCACGAAUAAGUACUAUCAUUAAUUCACCAUGAGCGAUCAGACAGAGGAGACUAUGGCGAGCGAAGGAGGAAAAACAAAUGAAUCUGAAAGCAAAAAAAAGGGCAAAGCUUCAGGUUCGCAGGACUCUCAGCCUUCUCCUCUGGCCUUGCUGGCUGCAACUUGCAGUAAAAUAGGAACGACUGGAGAAAAUCAAGGUGCUGGACAACAGCAAAUCAUUAUAGAUCCAAGUCAAGGCAUAGUACAGCUUCAGAACCAACCACAGCAACUGGAACUAGUGACAACUCAGCUGGCUGGCAGUGCUUGGCAAAUUGUUGCUACUGCUCCUCCUGUUUCGAAAGAAAACAACAUUUCACAGCAAGCAAUUUCCAUUGCUGCUAGUACAGCAGCAUCAUCCAGUAACAACAAUGAAAACACGUCCCCUUCUAAAAGCAAAGCUACGAAUUCAGCUACUUCUCCAGGGCAAUUUCAGGUUAUCCAGGUACAAACACCAAGUGGUACUGUACAGUAUCAGGUCAUUCCUCAGAUUCAGACCGUAGAUGGCCAGCAUAUUCAGAUUGGCCCUGGAAACGCCACUGCACUUCAAGAUCUGCAAGGGCAAAUACAGUUUAUUCCUGCAAGUAACAAUCAAGCUAUCAUCACAACUGGCAACAGAACAUCUGGAAAUAUUAUUGCACAAAACCUGGCAAAUCAAACCGUUCCAGUUCAGAUCCGACCAGGAGUCUCUAUACCGUUGCAGCUGCAAACCAUUCCGGGUGCUCCUCAUCAAGUGGUGACAACCUUGCCCAUAAACAUUGGAGGAGUGACUCUAGCUCUGCCUGUGAUAAACAAUGUGUCUGCAGGAGGAGGUUCGGCACACAUAGUUCAGCCUUCAGAUGGUGGGGUUUCCAAUGGAAAUCAGCUGGUGUCCACACCCAUCACAACUUCCUCUGUCAGUACCAUGCCAGAGUCUCCCUCUUCCUCCUCCUCCUCGACUUGUACAACCACUGUGGCUACAACUCUGACUAACAGUGAUACGCUUGUCAGUUCAGCUGAAACAGGCCAAUAUGCAAACACACCAGGAAGUAGUGAGCGUAACACAGAAGAGUCCCCAGCAUCUGUUACAGAUUCUGAAACUCAGAACAGUCAGCUUCAGGCAAAUGGACUGCAGAGUGUUUCAGAUCAGUCAAAUUCUCUGCAGCAGGUGCAGAUUGUUGGGCAGCCUGUCUUACAGCAAAUACAAAUCCAGCAGCCUCAGCAACAGAUCAUACAAGCCAUACCCCACCAGUCUUUUCAGCUUCAAUCAGGACAAACCAUACAGACUCUUCAGCAGCAGCAACUGCAAAAUGUCCAACUUCAAGCACUUAGCCCCACUCAAGUUCUCAUUAGGGCCCCAACAUUGACCCCAUCUGGUCAGAUCAGCUGGCAGACUGUGCAGGUCCAAAAUAUUCAAAGCCUUCAGAAUUUACAGGUUCAAAAUGCACCGCAGCAGUUAACUAUAACACCAGUCUCUGCAAGCAGUGGUACCACUAUAGCCCAGAUUGCACCAGUUACAGUUGCUGGCACACCAAUUACUCUAAAUGCAGCUCACUUUACGUCUGUACCCAAUCUGCAGACCGUAAGCGUUGCAAACCUGGGUGCAGCAGGAGUGCAAGUUCAGGGAGUUCCAGUAACUAUCACCAGCGUUGGAGGUCAGCAGCAAGGAGCGGAUGGGGUGAAGGUACAGCAAGCUACAAUAGCUCCUGUUACAGUAGCAGUUGGAGGCAUUGGUGCUGUCAGUCCUGACCAAAUAACACAAGUGCAGCUUCAGCAAUCUCAACCAUCUUCUGACCAGGAGGUACAGACUGGCAAGAGGCUAAGAAGGGUGGCAUGUUCUUGUCCUAAUUGCAGGGAAGGUGAAGGAAGAGGGAGCAGUGAACCUGGGAAAAAGAAGCAACAUGUCUGCCAUAUUGAGGGUUGUGGAAAGGUCUAUGGGAAGACCUCUCACCUCCGUGCUCACCUUCGUUGGCACACCGGCGAAAGACCCUUUGUGUGCAACUGGAUAUUUUGUGGCAAGCGAUUUACUAGGAGUGAUGAAUUACAGAGGCACAGAAGAACUCACACAGGUGAGAAGAGAUUUGAAUGUCCAGAAUGCUCAAAGAGAUUUAUGAGGAGUGACCAUCUUUCCAAGCAUGUUAAAACCCAUCAGAACAAGAAGGGAGGUGGCACUGCCCUGGCCAUCGUAACUUCGGGAGACCUGGAUUCGUCUGUCACAGGAGUCCUUGGUUCACCAAGAAUUGUCACAGUUGCCGCCAUCUCUCAAGAUUCCAACCCAGCAACUCCAAAUGUUUCAACAAACAUUGAUGAAUUCUGAAAUACUUUUCGAUAGAGACUCAUGCUGCUGCACUUGACGUAUGUAAUUAGCAGGAUCGUGAUAUGGUGUGUAGAGUGGAUUACAGGGGAGAUAUCAUGUUUUAAAUUUUUUUACUAUUACAAAAUAAAGAAAGGGGUUGGCAUGAAUCUGUGAACAAUAUCCAUUGUUUUUCUAUCAUUAGGUAAUAUAUUUAAAAGGCAAAUAUUUUAUCUGUAUCUUGUAUAUUCUACAUUUUGUAACACUGAUUAGCUUCCACUAUGUUUAAACUUUUUCUCAUUCCUUUCUUGCAACAUCAAGACGCUAAUGUUUUAAACCACAUCACAAGAAGUGCAUCAUUGGCUUCGGACCACAAAUACUGCAAACUCCUGAUUUGUAAAAAGGCCUUACAGUUGAAUCAUAUUUGUCGAAAAUGCUAUGAGUCUGCAAUCAUCUUUGCAAAGAAAUGAUUUUUUUAUAUGGAGACAUAAUUUAAAAUAUAACAUUUGGAUAGUUUAAGGAAGUUAUUUAUAUAAAUAAAAUGCAGGGUACAUUGAAUUGCAUACAUUGAAUUUCCACUGGGCCCCUUCUGUACUCAUGGAUGUAAAGGCAUGUAAAUAUGGGUAAAUCAUAGCUCUCUCCUUGAAUUUCUCUGUGUGAAAUGAAUAUUUGAAAGUGUAACAUGUUUAAAGGGCGGCAGUCGGUUAAAUCCACAUUCCAUUGAGUGAGUUUUGAUUUUAAAUUAUUAUUUUUAUUUUUAUUUUGUAUCUCCUAUCUUGGGUAAAUCUAAUGUUUAUCCACUCUAUAUUUAGAAUUUAGAGAAUUGUAGGAUUUGGAUUUAAUAUUGAGUAAUGCACUAAAUAAGGGAUUCCCAAACCUGUCUUUAGUACCACUAUUAAACCAGAUUAUAACCAUGAGGACAAGUCAUUUAAAUCUUUAGAGUGUCUAUGUAAACAAAGAGCAAACAGCAUCAUGAGGCAGAGUGUGUGUGUAUACAGUAUAUACAUAUUUAAAGAUAUAUACAUUUUUAAACAGAGUUGUCCAUUUUCUAAUGUGCUGCAUUAUUUCCUGCUGUUGUGCAUUUUGAUAUUUUGCUUAGCUUUGGUUGUAUUACUUUUAGCAUUCUAUAACAAAUGAUAGUUAUGAAAUACUUAUUUUUGCUCCAUAUUAGUUGAAUUUCAAAGUUUUUUCAAUAUUCAAAAUAUACAUAAUUAUUUUAUCAACUGGUGUUACAGAAAAAGACUUGGUAAAUCUACAGACUAGAU